CUUGCGUCUCUCCGUCAUGAUGCUGCUAUACCUCUGUCUCGCGCUCCUCGUGUCUGUUUUUGCUGUGCUCACGGGAGCUGCGGAGCCCUCGCCGCCGAUAGUCAGACUGGGCAGCCUCGCAAGGCGGUGCAGCUUCCAGCUCGGGAAGACCGAGUUCAAUCUGUGCCCGAUCCUGGAAGGGAAUGACGGGGGCUGGACUGUCCAGUGGGAGACGAGGACGCCGCCGACUGUCACGAAGACGACUUAUAGGAUCGACCUUCGCGGGCCGCUCCAGAGGGAUGCUGAUGUGCCUCGAGAGGAACAGUGCCCAAACGGGACAUGGAUCUGCCAGACCAUAUCAAACCGUCGGCCGCGCCAUGAAGACGAAGAGCUGCGCGUGCUUCAGGUGAUUCCUGUCGCUGGCGCGAUGAACCUCCCGAACAUCACCCGCUAUCGCCCAGGCGUGAAUGUCACUGCGGAGCUUACGUCUGCGCGCCAAGACCCGAAGACUUCGGUACUGCACGUCCGUUUGCACGGCGGAUUCUAUGUGUACGGGGCACAGAAGGCGGACUUCCAGUUCAUCUGCGACCGCAGCGUCGACGAGCCGUCAACACCAACGUACGCCUGGGCAUGGAACGGGACGCACACCUUCCAAUGGCGCAGCAAGCACGCCUGUGGCUCGCAGCAAGCGACUGCGCCCCCGAAGGAAGCCCCGCCGCCCCCAGACGAUACAGACGACUCGGGUGAUGAUGCGCCUCCGCAGGACGACGAGUCUGACGGACAAGACCUCCGCGAAGGCAAUCCCAUCAUGGGUCGGAUGACGCGGACGACGAUGGCCCUCCUUCUCUCGUCCUUCACCGCAGUCAUCACUCUCGCGUACCUCGCGUGGCGCCCGCCAACGCGCGUACGACAGUACGUGACGAAGUUCAUGAAGGCGCAUCCGCGGCUAGCGCGAUUCCGCGUGGGGGAGCAGGUGCUGAUUAGGUGGGCGUACGAAGACUUGGAGAUGGACGAGGGAUACAGUCCUAGCGAGGAGGAUACUAUGGUGAACUGGAGCGCGGACGAGGAGGGCUCGGGAGAAGGUAUCCCGCUAAAGCCCUCCCCGAGGAAGGGGGGUAUGUUGAACUACGGCACAACGUAGGGGCGGCACUGCCAGAGGGCCGAACGGGCAACAGAGAUGCCUGAUGUUCUAUUGCUUCCCGUAUAUCCGGAUGUAUUCUGCUGUUAGGCUUCAGCGGUAUCGCGAUGCAAUACUGAUCUACCCAUGUUACACGGUUGCCUUCCCAAGACAUGACGCUGCGGUCCUACAAUAUGCAUAGAAGUGAUGAAGAAGGGAAGCUAGGUCAUGUAUCAACCCCAGGCUGCGGUCGUACUAUAGUUCACUAUUAGAUGUCCCUCGGUCGAGAAUGACUUAAACAGAUUCGCAACAGUAUCGUCCGGUGCUGGUGAGAACGCAAGAUUAAUGUACGUGAACAAAGGAUCACCCUGUUUCCAUCCAAGCUCCUUCCUCAAGAACUGGAUGACCGCCUGGAACCUGUUCGACGCAGUGAUCUUGUAGAAGUUCUGCUUCAUGAUCGGCGCGUUGCCUACUGCCUUGAAACGGACCACAACUUUGUUUGCAUCCUUCUUCUUGUAGGUCUCAAGAGCCUCCUGGGCCUCCUGCACGACGUUGCCACCGCUGAACGAGGUCCAUGCUGAGGGUAGGUUGCGGGUGUUGGCCUCUGGACUCCCCGGCAGCGCCAUGUCCUGAUGUCGCCG